AUGACCGAUGCUAUGGUGCGACCCGACCUUCAGGCCGCCGCGGCCAAGGGGCCUGUUCAACAACCAAUCGCGGGCUGGGGCGGCCCAUGCGUUCUCGACCGCUGGAUCAAGGCCACCUCCUUACAUAAGACGAUUGUCGGGUUCGAGGCACCUCAGUUUGAGGCCCAGUCGCCCCGCAUGUUCUGUGUUCGAUGGCAUGCGGCGUCCACCCGGACAGGUUGCGUGCUUCCAAUGCACUUGGCGUCGUGCAAUCGAAGCCAUGCGAGCCCGCCGGUCCACCGGGAGGCGAUCCUCAACGAGCAGGUGGGCACCCUCGUUGGUUCUCGAUGCGACUUUGCCGAUCUGCAACAUGCGUCUCUCGACAUCCCGGCUUUGUCGCAAAAGCGACAGAUGACGGAAGCAACAGACCACCCCCGCAGAGCCGAUAGGCGGUGGGCAAUCGCACAAUUGAAGAAAGACAUCAGCGCCGGGCGGAACAGAGACAUUGAGGUGCCCUCGGCCGAGAAGGCUGGGCCUGCAGCAACUGAGUUGGCACCCGGGGGUAAGGAUCAGGAAACAGAGAGUCGGAGGACUUCCAUGUUGGAGCUGGAAAGCGCUCGACGGAACUAUCAGUCGAGUCGUCUCGGAAAGCCCGGCCCAGGAUUGCACCCAUCCCUCCGAAAAAGGGCACCGCCGGGUGUUCGAUGUACCGUCCGUGCAUGA